GCACUGCCGCAUGGAGACAGCAAUAUUGCAACAGUUUAUAAACUAAAAAUGGAUAUUUAGUGUAAUUUUGGUGUACGUGAUAUAAAGUCACGUAGGUGUGCAAAGCCUGGCAUGUUGGUGCACCUGAACCUGGCGUUGGUACUUGGUGCGUGUCUUAAGGUGACAUGCCAUUGCUCAAGGUGAUUACGCAUCUAGGCAGCUCUGUGCGCCUGCGCUCGAUUGUUGGUGUAAGUGAAGAGAAAAAGCUGGAAUUCUGUUCCCCAAAGACCACGCUAAUUAAUGGUCCCCGGCCCUAUGUCUGAGCCCGUGUGCUUAGGCGUGAGAUAAACCGGACGCGGCUCGUAAACACGGCCGGGGCGUGUCAAGUGCUCUCCUGUCAAGGGCCUUCGGGGAGUGGACACCUACUGGAGGACCAAAAACUGUAACAUUAGGCCAAUAGUAACAGUGCUCUUACGUGCUCAGCUGGCGCAAUGUAUCAAGAAGAAUUUUUUAAGAAUUUCUGGCCGAACUGGUCGAAUUACAACCCCUAUGCCUUUAGUGGGCAGACCAUUGGUGCCACUGCUGGGUACAGCGGCUGGGGUACUCAUGGCCACCCUGCCCAUGCUCAUGGUGGGGCCAUGAAUGACUACCGUCAAAUGGUAGAGGACCCAAUGCUACCAAGUUAUGCUAUGACACCGUUUUCAAGAAGGCACAUUAGUAUUCAGUAGGACCACUGGAUGGGUCAGCAGAAGGUUGAAGAUUGUCUCAUGGCCAGCCAGGAAGGUUCCUCUGAUCAGUAUAAGCCUCUGCCUCCUGGAUGGGAGCCUCCGGAUUGGCGAGAGGUUUUGGAAAACAUCAGAGUUAUGCGAUCAGCUCGUGAUGCCCCUGUCGACCAUAUGGGUAUCCAGAAGUGCAUGGAUGAUGAUGCCCCACCAGAAGUAAGAAGGUUCCAAGUCCUCAUUGCAUUAAUGCUAAGCAGCCAGACAAAGGAUGAGGUGAACCACGCAGCAAUGACAAGACUGCGUGCACAUGGCCUCACAAUUGACAACAUCCUGGCCACUGAUGAUGAGACGUUGGGCCAGCUUAUCUAUCCUGUAGGAUUUUGGAGGAAGAAAGUCAUGUACAUCAAGAAGACUUGUAAGAUCUUGAAAAAUGAAUAUGGUGGAGACAUACCAUCCACACUGGAGGAGAUGCGCAAACUGCCUGGGGUCGGACCCAAGAUGUCGCAUCUCUGUAUGAGCCUUGGCUGGGGAAAACUGUCUGGCAUAUGUGUUGACACUCAUGUUCAUCGCAUCACCAACCGGUUAGGAUGGACAGGGGAAACUACAAAAAAUCCGGAGAAGACUCGUUUAGCCUUAGAAUCCUGGCUACCUGAGGAACUGUGGGCAGAGACAAAUGAGCUGUUGGUGGGAUUAGGUCAGAAGAUAUGCCUGCCUGUCAGCCCGAAGUGCAGCCAGUGUCUAAAUGUUCAGUUGUGUCCCUACGGUAGAAAUCCUGUCAACAGAUCGCCAAGAAAACGUUCACCGCCCAAGCACCCUGUGGAAACUGGGCCUCCAGCACAACAGCUUGUAUCUUAUUAUGGGAUGAAACCUGCGCAGGUCUUCAACACUAAUAGCUGGUCUGCCUUCUCUUCAUAUGACCAAAGAAGGACGCUGACUGAUUGUGUUGUAAGAACUUGAAUAUGUGGGAAGAAAUUUUUUGGUCUUCAAGACACUUUAGAAUCCAGUGGUUUUUGGAAAGCUUUAUCAGUGGUAGAGUUUGUCAGUAUGAUCUAUGUUUCAGUGUUGUUGCAUUUAGGCCUCUCAGAGGCUGAAGUGAUUAAGUGGAGGAUCCUGUCUGAUACUCAUUUGAGUGCAGCUCCCUGGGAAUCUGCAGUUAACUUCGUCCUGUCUGGUUAGGUAUUUCCCCAGACUAUAAAAGCAAAAGCUUGUAGUUGAGUUGUUUUUUCAUUUCCAUUCUGUUGGUUCUCACACCAGAAUUAUAAUUUUCAUUACUGUAUAGCUUACUUGUAGGCAGUGCAUAUGGAUGGCUGUUCUUAUUAGCUCAGACCUCAGGGUUUGGUUAAAUCAGUCAUUGAUUCUUUUAUGGUGGAAAUAUUUUUGGCAUCUUGCAACUUAACAGUUUAGAUCACAACUUAACAUGUAUUUGUGAGCCUGGAUCUGAGACUAGAUCUUGCCCAUAUUGUCUAAUAUCUUCCCCCCAAGUAGGCUCAGACCCAUUAGUUAGGUUAUGUGGGUUGGGUUUUCUAUUUCAUGCCUUGGCUUAACUUGCUUCCUUUAAUAGUUUUUUGUCUUGCUAAGAAUGAGAUUGAAAUGAUAGAGUUUCAUAUUAUUAGAUCAGUCUGUGUAUCACUUCUUUAUUUACUGCUUGAAGGAUAUAUAUUGCCAGGGUCUUUAAUUCUGGUGAAAAGGUGUCUUUUUAUCCUUCCUUGAUCUUAGAAUCAAAUCCGACUUCUAGAUGUAACAGUGGUGGUCUUACUCUGGUUUGCUAGGCAGGUUAAUGAGGAUGGUGAGAGUGAAGGAUUGUUGAUUUAAAUCAGCUCUUUCUUCUGGCAAGUUGCUAUCUCCAUUAACUGAUAACAAUGGCUCAAAUUGUUCAUCCACAGCUGCACUUCUGGCCUUUACUCAUGUAAGCUUUACUUAUAGUAUUAUGUAAUGGUCAUGCUGCUCAUUGGGAUUUUCAUCAGUCGAGUACUUAUCUGUUUCUACACUUCUCUCGAUACUGAAAUCUCAACUUGGGGGUUUCUAGUGUAUGUAUCCUUUUCUUCAUUUGAAAUAGGGGUA